AUGGCCUCUCGAAAUCCGAUGGAUAACAUGAAAUCCACAUGGCGGACAUGGGACCGCGACCAAUGGAAACUACCCCAUAAAAUCCUCGAGCACGCCAACGUAUACCACAUUGAGCUCAACAGGGAUGUCCCAAUCCAUUCGAAGGAAGAUAAAAUACCAUACGUAUCCGACUGGUCUUUAAACCGCUGGGUGCUUGUCAAUGCAGGAGUUCCACUCGUGGCCCACCAGCUUUUUACCUACUGCACCGGAUACAACUUCCACCCGAUCAUCGCCUUGUUCUACUACUACUAUGCCUCGAGACUGUUCACAACACGCGAGCUGCGGAGUCUCCGAGAGCUUGGCCAUAUCUAUGGAUUCCUGGACGGCGACAAACACGAGCGAGAUGGUGUGCCCGAUGUGGGCGUUUCAAAAGCUCUGAUCUCGGUCCUGCUGGCCGGGUUUGUGCGUCCACUGAUGACAGUGUGGCUCACGUAUGAUGCAGACAAAGCACCCGCCUCACUCAGUUGGGCUUGGCUGCCUGUUGAGGCUAGUCUUUACGGCAUAAUCCUUGAUUUCUGGUUCUAUUGGUACCACCGUGUCAUGCAUGAUGUAAACGGUCUCUGGAAAUUCCACCGCACCCACCAUCUUACGAAACACCCGAACCCGCUGCUCACAAUCUACGCGGACUCGGUGCAGGAAUUCUUCGAUAUUGCCGGUAUCCCAUUAAUGACAUGGUUCACGAUGAAGCUCAUGGGCAUGCCGAUGGGGUACUAUGAAUGGCACGUUUGUCAGAUGUACGUUAUAUUUGCAGAGCUGGCUGGGCAUAGCGGUCUCCGUCUUCACGCCUCGCCACCUAACCCUUUGACAUGGUUGAUGCGGAUGUUUGAUGCUGAGUUGGUGAUUGAAGACCAUGAUUUACAUCAUCGUCGAGGAUGGAAGAAGAGCCAUAAUUAUGGCAAGCAAACACGAGUCUGGGAUCGGGUUUUCGGAACCUGCAUUCCUCGUAUCGAGAGUAUGGAGGCAAAUAUUGAUUAUGAUAGUCCUAUUUCCAUGUCAAUUUUGUGA